AUGACUAGGUUUGCUAGAGCGAAAGGGUCUAAAUCCUCUAAUGAAAAGGCUCCUGAGGAUAGCACACCAUGGGAGGUCAUGAAAGAACAAAUAAUUCAGUCAAAGAAAGAUAGUGAAGAAGCAAAGCAACGAAAAGAAGCUGAACAGCAGCGCAUAGACAACUAUACCAAUUUCUUAAAAGAACAGAAAGUUCAAAAAAGAAAAGCUACAUGGUGUGAUUUUCCAGAAGCUGAUUCUAAGAAUUCCAAUAUUGAUCCAAGUCAAUCAAGCGAAGCAAUACCAAAAAAGAAAAAGAAAAAAAAACAAGACAAAUUAGGUAGUCAACGUUUAAAUAAUGAAGUUGAGCCAAAAAGUGGAGUACCAGAAAAGGAAAAGAAAAAGAAGAAGAAGAAAAGUAAAACACUAAAUGAAGACCCAAAACAAUUAAAUGAGCAUAAUUAUCAUCAGAAUGAUCACAAAAAUAAAAAUAAUAUGAAAGAUGAGAAAUCUCCACAAACAGAAAAUGGUGAUAUUAUACAAAAGAAAAAGAAGUCAAAAACCAACUUUCAUAAUGUCGAAAAGGAUGAAAAUGUUGCAUCACUCAACAGUGAAACAAAUUGUACAGAUAAAAAUAAAAUCCAGAACAAUAAUAUACAAAAGUCUAAAAAGAAAAAAAAUAAAGAUCAAAAACCAAUACGCAGAAAAGUAAUAAAUGAUAAUAGCUUCCAACUAAUCAUUAACGGUAAGGAAAUUGAAUUGGUCAGAUUUGAUGGCUUUCCUAUAAUGAAAAAAGAUGCUGAACGGCUAGCUGAACUGAAAAAUAGUAUGAUUAAGAAAGGAAUACCGAAAAGUGAAGUACAAAGGACUAUGAAAUUGGAAAGAAGGAGAGCAGAAAAAGCUUUAGCUAGAGUGAAAAGAGAAGUUUGUUAUAAUUGCAGGAAAGGUGGUCAUAACCUUUCAGAUUGUCCUGAUUUAAAAUCCAAAAUACCAGGAGUUGAUGGAGCAGACGGGCUUUGUUUCAAAUGUGGUUCCACAGAGCAUAGACAGUUUGAGUGUAAAGUACAAAGAGAUAAAGAGUUCAGAUUUGCAACUUGUUUUAUUUGUAAAGAGGCUGGCCACAUUGCUCGACAAUGUCCUGAUAAUCCUAAAGGAUUAUAUCCAAAUGGUGGAUGUUGCAAACUGUGUGGUGAUGUCACUCACUUAAAGAAAGAUUGUCCAACAGCAAAAGAUCAAAAACAAGAAAGCUCAAUAAAAUUGCAAACUUUAGGCAAUGCAGAUAACAUUGAAGAUAUUAGUCAAAAGGAGGAAAAAAGUGUUACAGAGAUAACAAGAAAACCCAAGAAAAUAAAGUUUUAA